AUGAAGAAGGGUGUCCCGUUUGUAUGGGACGAGGCCUGCAAUAAUGCAUUUCAAAGCAUCAAUUCCUAUUUAAUGAAGCCGCCUGUGCUGACUUCUCCAAUUCCAGGACGCUCGCCGAUCCUUUAUAUCUCCGCCCAAGAAAGCUCUGUUGGUGCUUUACUUGCGCAAGAGAAUGAUAAUGGGAAAGAAAAUGCCCUUUAUUAUUUAAGUAGAAUGAUGACGCCAAAUGAGCUCAAAUAUCUGCCAAUUGAGAAGUUGUGUCUGGCCCUUGUAUUCGCCAUCAGGAAGCUCAAGCAUUAUUUUGAAGCACAUACAAUUCGACUAGUUUCCAGGGCAAACCCAGUGAAGUAUGUCAUGGCAAAGGUUGUUCUUUCCGAUCGACUUGCGAGGUGGUAUUUAAUAUUUCAACAGUUUGAGAUCGUUUAUGUACCCCAGAAGUCCAUCAAGGGGCAAGCCUUAGCGGAUUUCCUAGCUGAUCAUCCAAUUCCUGCCGAAUGGGAGCUGUCCAGUGACCUACCUGAUGAGGACGUGCUUGUGGUUGAAGUUUUACCUCCAUGGAAGAUGUACUUUGAUGGAGUGGCACACAAAGAGGGGGCAGGCGCUGGAGUUGUCUUUGUUACGCCUGAAGGGGAAGUGCUUCCUUAUUCAUUUACCUUGACAGAACGCUGGUCGAAUAAUGUUGCCGAGUAUCAGGCACUCAUUUUGGGACUUGAAAUUACAGCCGAUAUGAAGCAACUAAGGGUUAACAUAUAUGGGGACUCCAAACUAAUUAUCAACCAAGUACUUGGGGUUUACGAAGUAAAAAAGCCUGAGUUGAUCCCAUACAACAGUUAUGCAAAGACGCUCCUGCAUUGGCUAGGAGAUGCUACGAUGGAGCACGUUCCAAGGAAACAUAAUAAGCAAGCCGAUGCCUUAGCUGCUUUGGCUUCAACUAUAUCACAUCCUAUAGAUGAGGCUCGGCUACGAGUAUGCCAAAAAUGGGUAGUCCCUCCAAUCUUCGAGGACGAUGGCUCUCUUGACGACAUUGUCGAACUCCCGACUUCUUCUUUCUAUGAGGUAGAUAAAGAGGAUUGGAGGCAAUCAUUGAUUGACUACCUUGUUGAUGGGAAGUUACCUCAAGACCCUCGUAAGCGGGUAGAUGUAAGACGUCAAGCUCCUCGCUUCAUAUAUUUCAAGGAUGCUAUAUACCGGCGCUCAUUUGAUGGUGUGUUUCUUCGAUGUUUAGGCGAAGAGGAAGCUUUACAAGCGAUGGAGGAGGCUCACUCUAGAGUGUGCGGUGCUCAUCAGUCUGGUCCUAAGUUACAUUUUCACAUCAAAAGAAUGGGUUACUACUGGCCUAUGAUGGUGAAGGAUUGCAUAGACUAUGCACGGAGAUGUCAAGCAUGUCAAUUUCAUGCGAACUUUAUCCAUCAACCUCCUGAACCGCUACAUCCGACGGUAGCAUCGUGGCCAUUUGAUGCAUGGGGGCUCGAUGUGGUUGGUCCUAUUACACCCAAGUCAUCAGCAGGGCAUUCGUAUAUAUUAGCAGCCACCGAUUAUUUCUCAAAGUGGGCUGAAGCAGUGGCUUUAAAGGAAGUGAAGAAUGAAUAUGUUGCAGAUUUCAUCCGAGUUCACAUUAUCUAUCGUUUUGGCAUCCCUCGGUAUAACCUAAUCGAAAACGGGAAACCAUUCGAUAAUAAAUUGAUGGAUAAAAUCUGCAAACUUUUUGAGUUCGAGCAAAGAAAUUCAUCAGCUUAUUAUGCAGCUGCAAAUGGACUUGCCGAGGCUUUUAACAAAACUCUAUGCAAUCUACUAAAAAAGGUGGUGUCGAAGUCAAAACGUGAUUGGCAAGAGAGGAUGGAAGAAGCACUGUGGACAUACAGAACUACAUACCGUACACCAACACAAAGCACUCCAUACUCACUGGUUUAUGGGGUUGAAGCAGUCUUGCCUCUUGAACGCCAAAUACCUUCUCCAAGGUUAGCUAUCCAAGAAGGCCUUACAGACGAGGAUAAUGUAAAGUUGCGGUUGGCAGAGUUAGAAGCUCUCGAUGAGAAGAGAUUGCAGGCCCAACAAAGUUUAGAAUGCUAUCAAGCUCGAAUUUCUAGAGCUUUCAACAAGAGGGUAAAGAUUCGCUCAUUUCAGGUUGGUGACAAGGUGUUGGCGGUUCGUAGACCUAUCAUUAUUACAAGGAAAACUGGGCACAAGUUGACUCCAAAAUGGGAUGGACCUUACGUGGUACAAGAAGCAUACUCAGGAGGUGCUUACAAGCUAAUUGAUGAAGAUGGUGUGCGAGUUGGCCCUAUUAACGGGAAAUUCUUAAAGAUCUAUCAUCCCUAA